CUCUUUCUAUAAUAAUAUGAUCUCUUCAAACCCAUCUCUCUCAAACCCCAGCAACCACCAUGGCUCCGGUACCCACCACCACCAAAUUCCAUUUCACUCAUCCAAACCACCCUUUACAACUCCACUCUGACGACCGCCACGAUUACAUUUGCGGCGGAUGCAAGACCUCCGGUUCCGGGAGCCGGUUCCGAUGUCAUUCAUGCAACUUCGAUCUACAUGAUUACUGUGCCAAUUGCCCUGAGAAACUCAUCUCCUCCUCCAUCCACCACCACCCCCUCACUCUCGUCCUCCGUAAGCCUGACGGUGCUCGUCUCAACCAACGAAUCUGCGACAUUUGCCGGGACGCCGUUGACGGACUCUUCUACCGGUGCAAAGACUGCGAUUUCGAUGCCCACCCACUUUGCACCCAACUUCCUAAAACCCUCCACCAUCUCAUCGACAACAAACAUGCUUUGAACCUCCAAAAGCCGCCGUCCGGUGGCUGCGCAGUUUGUAAAAAAGAUUGCUCUUCUAAUUGGGUGUAUGGAUGCCAGAUUUGUAGAGUCUAUAUUCAUUUUGACUGUCUUUUGGAGCCGUACGAUUCGCCGCCGAGUCAACAACCGAGUGGGGGAGUGAGAGGGACGAGUAGUUCUCGUGGGAUACCGCCGCCGUGGGGGGGUGGGGGACCACCUCCAUUUCCCGGCGGUGGGUUUUCUUGGAAUAAUGGUGGGUAUCAUAAUAAUUAUGGUGGGCAAUUUGGUCAUUUUGGUAUGGGAGGAGGGCAUUAUGGGCAUUAUGGGCAUUAUGGCUACGCCGCCCCUUACAGCGUUCCCGACUACUCUUAUCCGGCGACAGAGGCGUCGUCGGGAAGUGGGGGAAAGAAGCUUGGAAAGUCAAUGUUUGCUCUUGUUGGUAGACUGACCGUCGGUGUGAUGUCUAGUUUUGUUUUUGGAUUCCCUAUUGGCUUCUAAAUUAGAUUUCCAUUUUCAUCUUCUACCUUUUUACCCUCUCAGUUUCUAUGAAGCUAAGCUCACAAAAAUGUUAUAUAAUCAGAAUUUAUAUUCUUCCAUCUUCUUUAAUUAAUGGUUUUGUAUCUAUU